ACGACGACGACUACGAGCAGCAUGGCAGGCAUGGCGGCGACGUCGUGGAUCUUCCUCCUCUUCUGCGUCAUCAACAUGCUCAACUACGUGGACCGAGGGAUCAUCCCAGGCGCGCCGACGCAGUUCCAGUACUUUAUCGAGGCCACGCUGCACAUCUCGGUGACGCAGGAGGGCUUCUACCUCGGGCUGCUCGCCUCGUCCUUCAUUGCGAGCUACGCCGUCUUCAUCGUGCUCUUUGGGUACCUCUCGAUCUUCAUGAAGCCUUUCCGCCUCAUCGCGAUCGGCCUCUUUGUGUGGUGCAUCGCGAUGGCCAUGUGCGGCCUCGCCAAGACGUACCAGAGCUUCGCGCUCCUCCUCGCCGGGCGCAUCCUCAGCGGCAUUGGCGAGUCGUCCUUCCAGUGCAUUGCGCCGCCGUUCAUAGACGACCACGCGCCGCCCUCGACGCGGACGCUGUGGAUGGGCGUCUUCUUCACGCUCACCUCGGCAGGCACCGCGCUCGGGUACGCCUACGGUGCGGUCAUGUCCAAUUCGUCAUGGGGCUGGGGCUGGGCGUUCUACCUCGAAGCGCUCGCGAUGCUGCCGCUGGCCUACAUUUGCCUCGUCGGCAUUCCGCCGGCGUACGACCAGCCCGCGAACGCGACGGCCGAGCACCACCUCAAGCUCGACGCAGAGCAAGGCAAGACGCUCUUGCAGAAGGAGGCCGAGUCGCCGCGGCUCUCGUUCUGGCAAGAGUCGUACGAGGUCAUGGUGCACCCAGUGUUUCUCCUGAGCGUGCUCGGAUCAGCAGCGUUCACGUUCUCGAUCUCGGGCCUCGGCGUCUUUGGCCCACUCUUCCUCAUCGGCCUUGGUGUCUUCGAACACGAGACCGAAGCCUCCAUGGUCUUUGGCGCCCUCGUCGUGGUGAGCGCGGUCGUUGGCACGCCGCUCGGCGGGUACCUCCUCGACCUCUCGUCGCAUCAAGUGCACGCGACCGUGCGGCAGUACUAUGCGCUGCGGCAGAUGUUUUUCCUCAUGGCCGUCGGGACGGGUCUCGCGAUCCUUGCGUGGUACGGGCUUCCAUCCAAGGUGUGGUUUCUCUCGCUCGUGGGCCUCGCCCUCAUCUUCUUGUUUGCGACGCCGUCCUGCACCGCCAUUGCCGUCCUCCUCUGCGUCGAGCCGUCGCGACGACCGCUCGCGGUGGCCGUAAACACGCUCCUCAUUCACGCGCUCGGUGACGUGCCGUCGCCGAUCAUUCUCGGCUGGCUCAAGGACAAGUACGCGCCCAACUGCGGCAGCAUCGAGGUGCAUGGCGUGAUCGUCCUCAACCCGCGCUGCAGUGACGACGCGGAAGGGCUUUUGCUCACGUUCCUCUUUCCACUGCUGUGGAUGCUCUGGACGGUCCUUGCAUGGGGCUUGCAGUCGUCGUCGUCCGCUGCCGCCUCGUGCGCGAAGGCCACUCGUUCUAACGAGGUAGUACUAGAAGAGUCAGCCAGCUAGCAGUGUAUCAACUAU